AGUUUCAUUGCAAAACUCAAACAUGGCAGCAAAGCGCGUCACUCUUCUCUCCAAAUUCUCCUGCAAUUCCCAGAAGAAACUCCGAACUUCCCUCUCUCUCUGCACGCUCUCCUCACCAGACAAAACCCAAACCAAUGAAGCCCCAACAGCCAACACCAACAACGAAAAUGAAAGCUUUAUGCAUAACCAUGAAUGCCAUCAACAUAUUCAAAACCUUUCAGCUUUUCUCCAACAGGGCCAAACCCAAGCUGCUCAAAACCUCACAAAAUCUCUUCUUUUCUCAAAAUCGCCAUUUGCUUCACCAUCUGAUCUCUUCACUCUCUUCUCUCUUACCUCACCUUCUUUAAAACUCAUUUUUUCAAAUAUUCUCUUCUCCUUAUUAGCAGAAUCCAAAAUGCACAGUGAAGCCCUGGAGUUAUAUAAAGCUAUGAGGAAAGAAGGUAUGCAACCUUCUAUAACUUCUCUUAACUUGUUGCUUGAAUCUUUAGUGUCUUUGAAUAAGUUUGAUAAAACCAUUAAUUUGUUUGAGGAAAUAAAUGAGUCUGGUUUUAGACCGAAUAAAUUUAUGUAUGGAAAAGCUGUUCAAGCUGCAGUAAAAUUAGGGGAUUUGAAAAGGGCUAAUGAGUAUGUGCAUUCUAUGAAGAAAAAAGGGGUGAGUCCAAGUUUGUUUAUGUAUAAUGCUUUGAUUGGUGGGGUUUGUAAAGAGAAGAGAAUUAGGGAUGCAGAGAAACUGUUUCAUGAGAUGCUUGAGAGAAAGUUGGUGGCAAGUGUGGUUACUUAUAAUACACUUAUUGAUGGGUAUUGUAAGGUUGGGGAGUUGGAGAAAGCGUUUGAUUUAAAAGAGAGGAUGGUAAGAGAGAAUGUGGAGCCUAACCUUGUCACUUUCAAUAUAUUGGUUGGUGGGCUUUGUCGUGCCCAUAGGAUGGAGGACGCGAAACAGGUUUUGAAGGAAAUGGAAGCUCAAGGGUUUGCUCCUGAUGGGUUUACUUGCAGUAUACUUUUUGAUGGGUUUUUGAGGAGUGGAAAUGUUGAAAGUGCAUUGGCUUUGUAUGAAGAAGUGAGUGGGAAAGGAGUUGGAAUCAAUAGAUAUAUGUUAAGUAACUGGUUGAAUUAUUUAUGCAAGGAAGGGAAAGUUGAAAAGGCGGAAAAGUUUUUGCAGAAAGAAAUUGAAAAAGGGUUUGUGCCGAAUGAGGUGGUAUAUAAUACCAUUGUGAAUGGAUAUUGUCGGAUUAGUAACAUGAACAAAGCCAUUUCAAUGGUUGAGCAUAUGGAGAAGUUGGGGUUGAGGCCGGAUUGUGUUACUUUCAAUUCUUUGAUUGACAAAUUUUGUGAAAUGAAAGAGGUGGAAUAUGCUGAAGAAUGGGUAAAAAUGAUGAGAGAGAAGGGUGUUUUACCGAAUGUUGAGACAUACAACAUCCUAAUUAAUGGUUAUGGGCAACUGUGCCUAUUGGAUAGGUGUUUUGCGAUUAUAGAAGAAAUGGAAAAUCGUGGGAUUAAGCCAAAUGUCGUAAGUUAUGGUUCAAUUAUAAAUUAUUUAUGCAAGGAUGGUAAGCUUCUCGAAGCUGAAAUAACCUUCAGGGAUAUGGUAAGUAGAGGGGUAUUGCCUAAUGUGCUAAUAUAUAACAUGCUCAUUGCUGGUAAUUGCACAGCAGGAAAGUUGAAAGAUGCUUUCAGGUACUUUGAUGAAAUGGCGAAAGGUGAAACAAGACCAACAAUUGUAACAUACAACACACUCAUCAAUGGGCUGUGCAAAAAGGGAAGGGUAACUGAAGCUGAAGAUUUGCUUUCCCAAAUUUCAAGUAGUGGGUGUACUCCUGAUGUCAUCACCUACAACACCUUGAUAUCAGGGUAUUCUAAUGAGGGAAAUGCUCAUAAAUGUCUGGAAUUGUAUGAGAACAUGAAGAAUUUGGGUAUAAAGCCUACUUUGAAUACAUAUUGUCCUCUCAUUAAUGUAUGCUGCAAGGAAGGUAUAGAGCUUGUACAAAGACUGGUUUGUGAAAUGUCAGAGAUGCAUUUGACUCCUGAUCGACUUAUAUACAAUAUACUGAUUCACUUGUAUGCAGAGCAUGGAGAUGUUCAGGCAUUUGCUUUGCAUCAUGAGAUGGUAGAACAAGGAAUUUGUUCCGACAAAAUGACGUACAAUAGCUUGAUUCUGGGGCACUUCAGAAGGGGAAACUUGUCGGAAAUAAAGAAUCUUGUUAGUGAUAUGAAGGUCAAGGGAUUGGUUCCUAAAGCUGAUACCUAUGACCUACUGAUUAGAGGAUAUUGUGAACAGAAGGAUUUCAUUGGAGCAUAUCUUUGGUAUAGAGAAAUGCUUGAGAAUCAUUUCCUUCCACGUUUCACUACUUGUAAUAAACUUCUGACUGGCCUUACAGAGCAGGGAAGGUUGCAAGAAGCCCAGAUUAUCUGCUCAGAAAUGAAGGUUAAAGGAAUGGAUGAUUGGAGCUUUGGUGAAGACCUAUCUGCUGUUGUGAAAAUGUAAUUGAGGAGAAAUACCUGGUUAGAUCCGGUUCUUUGUGAAGCAAUAUAUUCACAGUUAAAGAGACAGUGAUCGGCUUGUUGUUCUAAAUGACAGAAGGUGGACACUAAAUGACCUCACAAAGGAAGGCUGGUUAGUGCCCCUGCAAGGUCAGUGCAUGGAAGGAGCGCUGAACGAGUGAAGGUUGAGAAGGAUGGCUAUGUUCAAGUGGUUAAUAAGCACUGUGAAUGUUUUGCUAGGUAAUAUUUCCUGUGUAUAAGCUUCUAGCCUGAAAAUCGAUAUUCAUAGAAAGCCAAAGAUGUUUCAUAUGUAUAGUUAGUCUCUUCUAACCAAUGGGCUUGGGAUGCCGCUGUUAUCAAAGUACUAUUGCAACAUAUUUUACAAUAUUAGAAAUAUCAAGGCGCAUGUAACAAAGAAGCAGGAUAUCAUAUCGAGUUAUUACAA